AUGUCCAAGGACGACGGCUGCAAAGUCACGUCUGCCGGCAAGCACAAGGAGCGCAAACCCAAGAAGCCUCACUACAUCCCUCGUCCGUGGGGCAAGCCCUACAACUACAAGUGCUUCCAGUGCCCGUUCACCUGCAUGGAGAAGUCCCACCUCUACAACCACAUGAAGUACAGCCUGUGCAAGAACUCCCUGUCGCUGCUCAUCGAGUCCGAGUGGCCGUACAAGAAGGGCAACGGCGUCCUGCACCCGGACCAGCUGCGACCGUCGCACCAGGGUCUCCGCGGGCCCGGGAAAGACGCCCAGGACCGGGCGACUCGGGCCGAGGAGGGGCAGCAGAGGAGCGCGGAGGAGGACGGGGAAGAUCGGGAAAACCGGGCACAGGCAGAGGAGGGCCAGACGUCGGUGAAAGAGAAGUCUGAAAAAGGAGACGCCGCCGGCAAGGCAGAUUCUGAGUUGUUGGUGGCAGACAUGCUUUCUCUGGAGGACCAGCUCCUGCGAGCGCGCUCCGUGGAGGUAGAGGCCCAGUUGAAGCACUACAAGACCCUGUCCAAGACCUGCAUGGCAGCUCCCGGGUUGCUCUCAGAGCAGUGGCGGCUCCUGACCGCCAGCAAGGCCAAAAGCGAAGGCGCUCAGACCCGGGUGAACGCUUCAAUCCCGUGCUAUCCUCCGCCGCCAAACCUGGUGGAUUACCAGGAUCCGGCUGGCCUCAACCUUUCCGUGCUCGGGGUGGGCUAUCCCAUCGGCCCGAGUCUUUUCUCCUACGUGAAUUCCACGCUUCCCGCCGCUCAACCCCACACGCAGCUCGCCCAACUCCCCUUCCUGGCGUCGGCCGCCCAGCUGAUCCACCCGGCCUCCGGCAACCCCACGGACAGAACUCUCAUCCCCUCGCGGCUCUACUACCCGUUCCUGUGCGAGCACAGCGUCGGACCGGCCUCCAGUCAGACUGAUACGAGUAAAGGACACAAAACAUCCCCAAACACUCCUGAUACAUUUUCCUUGUCUGGCUUCCAGCCCAAAGUCAACUUGUGGAAAGUGCCCGCUCUCAGGCCCGGGGCUGGUACACUUUCCCCCGUCGGUCGGGCGUCACCUCAAGGAGGUUCUUCCGACCUUGCCUACAGGCCGGGGCAUAACGCUUCAGUCAAGGAAGAUAAAACCAGUUGGGGUCUCAAGCGGCUGGCCGGCCCCGUCGUAAACCACGACGGUCCCGUUGAAAAGAAGCCGACGGUGGCCUUCGCGUCGGACCCUCUGAAGAACAUCCGGACAAGUCCGACUCUAGAUGUGGCAUCGGAAAAGCUUCGUUCACAGAACUUUCACCGAAAGACAAGAUCGUCAGAAUCCUCGUACGCCGAUCGCCUCACCAGUCCAAAAAGCGAAGCGUUCUCUCCGGCGGCUUCCGCCGGGGGGCACGGCGGCCAGGACCAGACGACGGCGCGUCCCGAAGUGGGCGGGGCCUCGGAUUCCGUGGCUGCUCUCCUCAACGACCUGUCGAAAGCCUUACAGGAGUACCAGGAAGCGGAGCGCAACAUCUCCCACCUGGAGAAGGAAGACCUCCCCGUCCAGCACCACCUUUGGGAGCACCUGGGCAAAAUCCGGAACGAGCUUUCGCACAUCCACCAAGCGCUGGAGAGGACUGCUCGCCAGAGCGACGGCCCACUGGACCUUUCGUUCAAGAGAGAGUCCAACGACUCCAAGGACAACACGGCAGAGACGGACGAGGAGCGAGAAGAGGAGGAGGAGGAGGAGGAGGGCAGGGACGAAGAGGAGAGGAAAGCCGCGAGGGCCUCGCUGGAGACUCGAAAGCAGUCGCUGGACACGCUGAUCAAGAUGAGCAGCGCCGCGGCGUCGGCGGUGGCGGCCGAAGGCCUGGCCCCGGCGGCCUUGUGGCACAGCAGGACCACCAAGUGCGAAGCCGACUCCAGCGUGCUGCUGUGCCCCGACGGCAGGUCGGUCGUGUUCGCGGACAGGAGGACGACGUCCGCGCGGCGAGCGGAGGGGCGCUGCCCCCAAAGUCCAGUAACAGCCGCAGACAAUUAA